ACAACACCCAACAAGAUCCGAUCAAACCUAGUUUUUCACUUACGUCUAACGUAAAAUAUCUCCCACCGUCACAUCGCCUGUACGGCCGCCACGUGUCAAUUUCAGAUUCAUUCUCUCUCAUCUUCCCCAAUCUACACACACCUUCUGCUCUCUUCUGCUCCGCCUGCAAGCCUUCUUUCUUACAGUUUCAAUGGCCAAAUCUCUGCUUACUACACCACCUCCGAAUCGUUCUGUCCUACGCUCAAAUUCUUCUCCUGCUUCUCCUCCUAUUCCAUGCAACCCCGUUUGUUUCCCGCUAACCGACAAAAUCCCUCCCCUUACUCUCCUCCUUCCCACUCGCUGUUCCAUCGGUUCCCUUCAUCGCCGGCUCACUCCGAUCCCCUCACUUGAUUCCGACGUUCCGCAUCCUCUUCACCAGGAGUCGGUGAACUUGAAGAGCAGUAAGAGCUACGAGCAAUGGGAUUCAUGGACGGCGAAGUUUUCAGGGGCAUCAAAUAUUCCGUUUUUGCUGCUGCAAUUGCCUCAGAUCAUCCUUAAUGCUCGUAAUCUUUUGGCGGGAAACAAAACUGCACUUUUGGCGGUCCCAUGGCUGGGGUUGUUUGCAGGGUUGCUUGGGAACCUAUCUUUACUUUCAUACUUUGUAAAGAAGAAGGAAAAUGAGGUAAUUGUGGUGCAGACAUUGGGGGUGAUUUCAGCUUACGUGGUGUUUGCUCAGCUUGCCAUGGCAGAAGCCAUGCCUCUUACUCACUUUGUGAUGACCUCAAUCGUUGUGGCCAUGGGUCUUAUUGUUAAUUUUAUUUACUACUUUGGUAAGCUUAAUGCUGCAAUCUGGCAAUUUUGGGAGGAUUUUAUUACUGUUGGUGGACUAUCAUUCUUACCCCAAAUUAUGUGGUCUACAUUUGUUCCGUAUAUACCCAACAGCAUCUUGCCUGGGGCCAUUGCUUUUGUUGUAUCUGUAGCUGCUGUUAUCUUGGCACGAAUAGGCAAACUUCCAGAGAAAGGUGUAAAAUUUCUUGGAGGAAUAUCUGGCUGGACGGCAACACUUCUUUUUAUGUGGAUGCCUGUUACACAGAUGUGGACAAAUUUUCUAUAUCCUCACAACAUUAAAGGCUUAUCGGCUACCUCAAUGUUGCUUGCUAUGAUUGGAAAUGGACUUAUGAUCCCACGAGCAUUAUUUAUUCGUGAUUUCAUGUGGUUCUUAGGUUCAACCUGGGCUUCUCUCUUCUUUGGAUAUGGAAAUAUCCUAUGGCUGUAUUGGUUCAACUGUAUUAGCAGGGAAUUCUUCUUGGCUGCAACAGUUGGUUUAUUUUCUUGGAUAGGAAUGGCUCUAUGGAGGGAUCCAGUGGUUCAUGGAUACAACUCUCCCUUGAGAUCAUUAAAAGAGUUGGUUUUUGGCUCUUAACAUUAAAUAUGCAUGCAACUCUGUGUUCAUAGAAGCAAAGGCUUGUUUGCACGAAAGCACGGAAAUCUUCUUUCUGCCGAGAAGCCAAGUGUCUAACCAACAAUAUCGAUCAUUUUCUGCAAAUUGACAGAGCUUCCAGCUGCAAGAUAUGUGAUUAGGUAACUAUAGUUCAUUUCAGUCAAUAAGAAAGUGUUUGAUAAUGUUUCAUAGUUUAGAACUUGUUUCGUAGUAUUGCAACAUUGAUAUACGAAGAGAGUAAUUAAUGUUGUAUUUAACGAACAUAAGCUCUAUACUAAUAAAAAUAGGAAUAAACCUUCUGCAA